UUAAAAUAAUCAACUCGAAAUCUGAACUUUGUAACAGACAGAGAAUUCAACAGAUAAAGUUUUCUAUAAGGUUUCAAAUUCAAGAUUAUUCGAACAUUGUUUGUUUGAACGUUCUUGUGAACACAUACUCUGACUGGCAGGAUGGCACCUCCUUUUGAUUUGGACACCUCACCACUUAGCGAAGAAUCGCGUAAAAUUGCCGAACAGGAAUUGCGGGAGACGCCUGAAAACGUGGCCAAGGCUUUGCAGGAAUUAAGGGAACUUUUGAAAAAUGACGACACGAUGUACUUCAAAGAUGACGAUGAAACUCUUAUGAUUUUCUUGAGACCGUGCAAAUUUUACGCGAAAAGUGCCUACGAAUUGAUGAAACGCGUUAGCGAUUUCAAGCUGAAGUACAAAGACAAUCUAGAAAAUUUGAUGCCAGAAGAUGAAAAACAAGCAUUUACGGAACAUAAUGUCGUUAACGUUUUGACAAACAGAGACAACAAAGGAAGAAGAGUGCUUCUAGUCAAUGUUGGAGGGUCAUGGGACACUUCGAAAGUGACAUCGGACCAAUUGUUCCGUAUUUUCUACCUUAUCCACGAAGCGGCCGUUUUGGAGCCAGAAACCCAAGUGCGUGGGGUUGUUGUUAUAAUGGACUUCGAUGGUUUGAGUCUGAAACAAAUCUCUGCGUUCUCACCCGCUUUCAGUCUCAAGCUGCUUAGUUUUAUUCAAGAUGCAAUGCCGUUGAGACUCAAAGAAGUUCACAUGGUCAAACAACCCUUCAUUUUUAAAAUGGUUUGGCAAAUCUUCAAACCUUUUAUUAAGGAGAAACUAAAGAAUAGAAUUUUCUUCCAUGGAAGCAAAAUGUCCAGUCUUCACAAGUACAUUGAACCAUCGCAUCUGCCAAAAGACUACGACGGAACUAUGCCUAAAAUUGAUUACACAGGCGCUGACUGGUAUCCCUGCAUUGAGAAAUAUUCCGACCAUAUACGCACUUUUAACACCUUUGGAUACGUGAAGAAAUAGACUUGUGUUAAGCUUAAGCUCGACAUUAUAAUCAAUAUUCAUAACAAUUAUUAGUUAUCAUGUUAUCUUUUCAUAAAUAAAGACAUUCAAAAAUAUA